UACGAUUUGUCCGCGAGAGCUCCGCCGUUCCGGACUUUUUGUGGCAGGCUUCAGACUCGGAGCCGGAUGAAGAUGAAGACGAGGACCCUUGCGACCAUUUUAUUAUUUGGUGGUGCUGUCUGCCCUCUAGUACAGCACAAGGUUAUCUCUAGUUUACUGUAUCUCGAAUCAAGUGGACGUUCUUUCGUCCCUUGUCUCAGUCACUGAUAGCAGCACAUCCUAUCUUGACUCCCAAGAACACCCGCUCCUGCGACGCGGUCGAACACGAUUUGCAGUGAAAAGAAAGCGCUUGUCGCGGAUCAACUGCUCUCUGUUUCCCAUAGUUUUGCAACACCCGGCUUCAGGCCCUUGACAUUGCGAACGCAGCUUUACACGGGUCUUCAUCUUCCGCAGUCUUUUCUCAAGACAUCUCUUGCGCCUGGAACAAACAACACUUCCAGCCCUUCGAACGAAUCCUUGUUCCGGGGGCCCUCCGGUGUGGAAACAGAAGGAUGGGCGAGAAGCAGGACGGUCACGCACAACUGCGGCCCAACGGCCAUGCAACCAUGAGUGGCACCUUGCAAAAGAUCGAGGAGGAGAUUGUGCAAGAGGAGAACAUUUUCCUCUUCAUUCCAAACAUCAUCGGCUACUUCCGAAUCGUCCUUGCAUUUGCUUCGCUCUACUACAUGCCUCUUCACCCACGGACGUGCUCGGGGCUGUACAGUUUCUCAUGCAUCCUUGACGCCGCCGACGGACUGGCAGCGCGCCGGUAUAACCAGUCGACGACGUUUGGCGCUGUGCUGGACAUGGUCACGGACCGAUGCACGACGUCGUGUCUGUUGGUUUUCCUGGCCUCUGCCUUUCCGAGAUGGGCCAUCGUCUUCCAGGGGCUGAUCAGUCUCGAUCUGGCGAGCCACUACAUCCACAUGUACGCGACCCUGACCAUGGGUUCCAGCGGCCAAAGUCACAAGAAGGUGGAAGCGAGCAGAAGUUAUAUCCUGCAUCUUUAUUACACAAACAGGACCGUACUCUUCCUCUUCUGUGCCUUGAACGAACUUUUCUUCAUCGCCCUCUACCUUUUGUCGUUUUCCUCGCCUCUCCUAUCCCCUUCUCUUCUCGUAUCUACUGAAAGCGCACCCUUGACAGUCCAGCCUGGCUCUCCAGCUAUUCCGAAACCGAGCACCCUGUUCGCGAACCCUUGGAGUGCUGGCGCACUGGAAAUGGCCCGGGCCAACAAAAUGGACAGCACAGUACCGUGGAUUCUGGCUGGCAUCAGCUUCCCCGUCAUGUUUGGCAAGCAGGUUAUCAAUGUGAUCCAAUUGGUCAAGGCGUGCAAAUGGUUGGGAGAGGGCGACGUGGCUGCCAGAAGGAAAGCCGGGAUUGUCGCUGGAAAGAAAAAGGCGUGAGAAUCGCUCCGCCAUGUGCGAUAUGCCGCGGGAUUCUAGGAGGCGCGUCCACUGCGCGAGCGGACAAGCCAGUAUGAACACAUCGUCAUAUUUACACCACGGUAAAGGGGAAAACAUUGUCUUCAACAAAACAAUGAGGAUUGGAGGCACGUGCGAAUGGGUAAUUUCGAAAGCAUCGGUGUUGUGGUGUGACAUGACUGGCAAGUUGGUGGUCGAGGACAUUGGUGUUCAUCAGCUUCUACUGGGCUUGUUGCUUAUCUUGCCCGGAUUUGUUCAACGGAUUUGCUCAACGGAUUUGCUCAAAACGGAUGCCAAAGUCAUUUCAAUAAUCUGUCGACUCGGACAGGGCGUCAGGGGUUGGCUGGUCCGUCUUCGAUGGGUAUGGUGCAGACCUCAUUGCACAUUCAAUAUUUAAUUACUGUACUAUACCACGAGCCGAACAGCCUAGAACCGUUUUUUGCUCAUAGAAAUGCUUCACAUAGUUUCCCAUUGUCAGCAAAUGCCUGUAUUCGUGCAAUUGUUGUUCACACCAGAAGUCGGUCAGCCUUGCGACUCAGCCUUGCUGAUUAA